AUGCAUCGCGUAAUCUGUGCUUUUGUUAUUCUCAAUUUUGGAUUGCAUAUAACUUGUAGUGAUGUAUUUGAGAGUUAUACUGUAGUGUAUAAUCCAUUAAAAUCUAGUGAAUGGUCAGAUGAUCGUGCUCUUGCUUAUGUAACAACAGUACGUGUAUUCGAUUAUGAUCAUCAUAUAUUUCAAUAUCGACGUUAUCCAUGUCAAUAUUUUUAUACAAAUGAAAUUCAAAUAAAUCAUAAUAAUCAAACAAUACAUGAAUGCAUAUAUAAUACAACAACAAGUGAUUAUGAAUAUAGUUUUCAACUUCAUCUUGAAUCUCAUAAUAUUCAAUCAUAUAUUUUACGUAAUAUAGCUAUUCAAUGUAAAAAUAUUAAUUGUAGUUUAUCAUUAUUAAAUAUAAAAUCUAUACGUAUUGAUUGGAAUAAAUAUGGUCAUGAUAUUAAUUUUAAUUGUUCAUUUAAUACAAUACAACAAUAUGAUAUUUAUUAUACUCCACAUAUAUUAACUGAAUGGAUAAUACUUCGAUGUAGUUCUUUAUUUGCUUGUAAUCGUUCAAAAUAUAAUCUUGAACAAGCAAUAUCAUCAAAUGUUCAAUUAAUUUAUAGUUCAACUUAUGAACUUGAAAGACCACAUUGUUCAUUAGAAAAAAGUGUUGCUUAUGUUAUUGAAACAAAUUUUGCACAAACAAAUCAUUUACUUGAACAAUUAGUUGAUCUAAUUCAACGUGGUUUUGGUAAACCAAAUGAACGUGAACAAGUUUAUAUGAAAGAAUAUAUUGAACAUAAAUGGAUAAAUAAUCAUACGAAUUCAACAACAAAUACAACAGCAAUGUCUGGAGAAGUACAAGGAAUGUUUAAACCUACGAAAAAAUAA